GGCAAAUAAAAGAAAUAAAACUAUCAAAGAAAUAAUACAGCAUUAAUUAGUAAUUUUGAAUGCCAUGGCUUCCCUUAACACUCCAAAAAUGGCUGCCACCACCUCGCUGUUCGUAGCAGCAUUCUUAUUACUUAGCCUAUACCGUACAGAGGCACAAACUGGAGUAAGUUAUGGGAAAAUAGCUAACAACUUACCAUCCCCACAAGAUGUGGUGAACCUCUACAAAUCCAACGGCAUAAAAUCAAUGAGACUAUACUUUCCCGAUCAAGCCACUCUCCAAGCCCUACAAGGAACAGACAUCAAACUCAUGCUCGGAGUCGCGAACGAGCACAUUCAAUCGAUAGCGUCUUGCAAAUGCGCCGCAAUACGGUGGGUUCGAAACAACAUAACCCCGUAUCGAUCAUCGAUCAAGUACAUUGUGGUGGGGAACGAAAUCGAACCGUCUAGUAAACGAGCCUCGUCGGUCGCACAGGCUAUGCAAAAUAUUCUAUCUGCACUAAAUGCGCCGAACUUGAACAACCCCUCAAACGACGAAAUUAAAGUUUCCACGGCGAUUAACGCCGAUUUAUUAACAAACACGUACCCACCGUCUAACGGCCAAUUUAAGGACACGUCGUAUAUGACCCCAAUAACCAACUUUUUAGAUAGUCACGGGUCACCCUUGUUGGUUAACAUUUACCCUUAUUUUGCGUACACUGCUGACCCGAAAGACAUUUCACUUGACUACGCCUUAUUUAACUCCCGUGGGGCCGUUUUUACGGACCCUAACAACGGGUUAGCCUACCAAAAUCUUUUUGACGCUAUGGUGGAUUCGGUGUACGCGGCUCUUCGGAGAGCCGGCGUACGUCACCCGCGUGUCGUCGCGUCCGAGAGUGGAUGGCCGUCGAACGGCGGAUUUGCGGCCACGUUCGACAACGCAAAAAACUACAACAAAAACUUGGUCAAUCAUGUGAAGCAAGGGACACCUUUGACACCAGGACAACCUAUUGAGACAUACUUGUUCGCAAUGUUUGAUGAGAAUGAAAAGCAAGGGGCUGAUACUGAACGUAAUUUCGGGCUUUUUUAUCCUAAUCAACAACCUAAGUAUGGCCAACUUAGCUUCUAAAUGUUAUCAAUUGGCAUGUACAUAGGGAAUGUGUGUGUACGACUGUACGUGUGUUUAGACUGUUUUAAGUACUACACUAAAUAAGACAUUUUUCUUUAAAUAACUUUCUUACUAAGGAUUAUGAACUUUUUUAUGUAACUUGUAUGGUAAAAUGUAUGAUCUUGUUAAAAGAAGUUGAAGUAUGCAUGCCAUUGGAACUUGGAAGUGAAAAA